AUGAGCGCGGCGGAGAUCGCGCAGGCGCUGAGCGACAAGCGGGUUCAGCCACGGGGCGAGCGAGUGCUGGUCAAGCUCGAUGAGCCCGAGCAGAAGUCAGCGGGGGGCGUGCUGCUGCCCACGCAGGCCGUCAAGUACGAGCGAUACCUCACCGGGCAGGUGGUAUCAGCGGGAGAGGAGGUGAAGAAGGCAUCAGCGGGGCAGAAGAUCAUGUUUCCGGACAUGAACGCCUACGAGGUGGCAAUUGGGGAUGGUUCCGACAGAUCGGAGGGUGCGCGCAUCGCCGCUGUCGCCGCUGUCGCCACUGCAGCGCGCCGCACUGUGCCUGCUGCGAUCGCCCCUCCCCUCACUGCACCUCCCCUCACUGCCCCUCCCCUCACUGCCCCUCCCCUCACUGCCCCUCCCCUCACUGCCCCUCCCCUCACUGCCCCUCCCCUCACUGCCCCUCCCCUCACUGCCCCUCCCCUCACUGCCCCUCCCCUCACUGCCCCUCCCCUCACUGCCCCUCCCCUCACUGCCCCUCCCCUCACUGCCCCUCCCCUCACUGUCCCUUCCCUCACCGCCCCUCGUCCCUCUCAGCCCUGCCACCUCUCGCACGCUCCCCGCACACUCACGGCCAUGCGAGUGCGGCCGCCCAAGCAUGUACUUAUCAAGCCCCUCCAACUCUUCACUCCCCACCGCCUCGCCCCACCAGCGGCCACAGCGGUGCGCUUCCACGUGGAGCAGCACGCCAAGUGCGUCGGCCACGACCUGCGGCGAGACACCCUCGUGGCCGCCUCCUACGCCGCAGUGCCCGCCAGCCACGCGCACCCCUUCUCCCUCGACAUCUCCGUCCGUGCUUCCUCCCUCUGCCCGGCGCCUCGUCACAUCCGUGCACUCUCACGCGCCCACAUCCAUGGGACCCACCCUUGCUUGCUGCAGCCAUGUCAAUUCAGCCAAACUCCACUCGUCUCAUUCUUCUCCACUCGUCUCAUUCUUCUCCACUCGUCUCAUUCUUCUCCACUCGUCUCAUUCUUCUCCACUCGUCUCAUUCUUCUCCACUCGUCUCAUUCUUCUCCACUCGUCUCAUUCUUCUCCACUCGUCUCAUUCUUCUCCACUCGUCUCAUUCUUCUCCACUCGUCUCAUUCUUCUCCACUCGUCUCAUUCUUCUCCACUCGUCUCAUUCUUCUCCACUCGUCUCAUUCUUCUCCACUCGUCUCAUUCUUCUCCACUCGUCUCAUUCUUCUCCACUCGUCUCAUUCUUCUCCACUCGUCUCAUUCUUCUCCACUCGUCUCAUUCUUCUCCACUCGUCUCAUUCUUCUCCACUCGUCUCAUUCUUCUCCACUCGUCUCAUUCUUCUCCACUCGUCUCAUUCUUCUCCACUCGUCUCAUUCUUCUCCACUCGUCUCAUUCUUCUCCACUCGUCUCAUUCUUCUCCACUCGUCUCAUUCUUCUCCACUCGUCUCAUUCUUCUCCACUCGUCUCAUUCUUCUCCACUCGUCUCAUUCUUCUCCACUCGUCUCAUUCUUCUCCACUCGUCUCAUUCUUCUCCACUCGUCUCAUUCUUCUCCACUCGUCUCAUUCUUCUCCACUCGUCUCAUUCUUCUCCACUCGUCUCAUUCUUCUCCACUCGUCUCAUUCUUCUCCACUCGUCUCAUUCUUCUCCACUCGUCUCAUUCUUCUCCACUCGUCUCAUUCUUCUCCACUCGUCUCAUUCUUCUCCACUCGUCUCAUUCUUCUCCACUCGUCUCAUUCUUCUCCACUCGUCUCAUUCUUCUCCACUCGUCUCAUUCUUCUCCACUCGUCUCAUUCUUCUCCACUCGUCUCAUUCUUCUCCACUCGUCUCAUUCUUCUCCACUCGUCUCAUUCUUCUCCACUCGUCUCAUUCUUCUCCACUCGUCUCAUUCUUCUCCACUCGUCUCAUUCUUCUCCACUCGUCUCAUUCUUCUCCACUCGUCUCAUUCUUCUCCACUCGUCUCAUUCUUCUCCACUCGUCUCAUUCUUCCCCACUCGUCUCAUUCUUCUCCACUCGUCUCAUUCUUCUCCACUCGUCUCAUUCUUCUCCACUCGUCUCAUUCUUCUCCACUCGUCUCAUUCUUCUCCACUCGUCUCAUUCUUCUCCACGCCUCCCCACUGGUGUGUUGUGAUGGCGCAGGUGACCUCCCCGGGCGGCGUGCACGUGUAUCUGAAGGAGGGGGUGGGCGAGGGGCACGUGGGGUUCACGGCGGAGGAGAGCGGCGAGUACCACCUCUGCUUCUGGCUGCACGCCACCCACGUGGGGCGCCCUGACGACGCGCGGCACCAGGUGGAGGUGGCGUGGCGUGAGGGGCAGGCGGCGUCGCACAUGCAGCAGGCCGCCACCAAAGAGAGGGUGGAGGUGAGAGGAGCGCGUGGAGGUGAGAGGAGGAUAGAGGUGAGAGGAGGAUGGAGGGUAUUGAAAGAUCACAGCAAUAGUGCCCGUGGUGGGGCAACGCUGUGCUGUGGGGUUGCAAGGUAUGGAGGGAAGGCACAGCUGCUCACCAUCUGCCCUCCCCUGCUGCCCAUUCCUCGCUUGCCUGUCGGUGGUGCUGGCUGUGGUGCUGGCUGCGGUGGGUGCUGUGGUGGGUGCUGUGGUGGGUGCUGUGGUGGGUGCUGUGGUGGGUGCUGUGGUGGGUGCUGUGGUGGGUGCUGUGGUGGGUGCUGUGGUGGGUGCUGUGGUGGGUGCUGUGGUGGGUGCUGCGGUGGGUACUGUGGUGGGUGCUGGGGUGGGUGUGGCAUGCAGAGCUUCGAGUGGGAGGUGAAGCGGCUGGAGGGGCUGGUGGAGGCGGCGUCGAACGAAAUGAUCUUCUUCCAAGAGAGGGAGGAGGAGCUACGAGGCAUGUCCCACGCCACGCAGGCACGAGUCGGGUGGCUCAGCGCCUUCUCCCUCCUCACGUGCGCUCUUCUGGCCGCUCUGCAGUUCUGGCAUCUCAAGACCUUCUUUGAGCGGACAAAGGUCCUCUGA